GCUCGACAUAAUUUUUGUAGCAUCAAAGUCUCAAACCCGACGGCGCUGCCCGACUGCGCAUCUCUGCUAGAAGCUUUUGUCCCAAGACAGAGACAGAAGACCCCCCCAAAAAAGACAAUCAGCAGAAACACCGCAAAUCACCCAACCCGCAGCAAAAUGGACGCUGCAGACGCUGUCGCAGCCUCUCCAGCGGCGCCUCACCAGCCACCAUACCAGUACACCGCGAGCCAGGGUUACGAGCAGACUGAGGAGGUGCCCCGCGAAUUGCUGAGGCAACAGAACGAUGCCCCGCUGCCCGUGGACGGCGACGACGACGACGACCUCGACGACAUUUUCGACGACGACGACCAGAUCGACGACGACGAGGAAUGGGCCGCUGACGGCGACCUGACCAAGACGUACAACCGCCAGAGACAGGCCACCGACGCCGGCGCCGCCGUGCCGCGGUCCAAUGCGCAGAAGCCCAAGGCCAACACCUUUGCCAGUGUCGACGACCAGGUCUCGGCGCUGUCCAAGCACGCCGUCAAGAUCCGCCUCGACUCCGUCAAGCAGGAUGGCGAGCGGGACAAGGACAAGGCCGACCGCGCCACCAGCGAGCAGGUGCUGGACCAGCGCACGCGCAUGAUCCUGCUGCAGAUGAUCAACCGCGGCGUCGUCAGCGAGGUCCACGGCGCCAUCAGCACGGGCAAAGAGGCAAACGUCUACGGCGCGGUGUCGCACGACGACGAGACGGGCGCGGCCACCCAGCGGGCCAUCAAGGUGUACAAGACGGCCAUCUUGGUGUUCAAGGACAGAGAGCGCUACAUCACGGGCGAGCACCGCUUCAAGGGCGGCUUCGACAAGGGCAACAGCCGCAAGAUGGUUAAGCUGUGGGCCGAGAAGGAGUAUCGAAACCUGCGGAGGAUAUACAGCGCCGGCAUUCCCUGUCCGGAACCGCUGGCCUUGAAGCUGCAUGUGCUUGUCAUGGGCUUUUUGGGCGACAGGAAGGGCUGGGCGUAUCCUCGACUGCGAGAUGCAAACUUGAAGGGCGACGAUGUGGAUCAGCAGUGGCAGAAUCUCUAUGUGCAGCUUUUGGGCACGAUGCGGCGCAUGUACCAGAUCUGCAAGCUGGUGCAUGCUGAUUUGAGCGAGUACAAUAUUCUCUACCACAAUGGCAAGCUGUACAUCAUUGAUGUGUCGCAGAGUGUGGAGCCCGAUCACCCCCGAUCCCUGGAGUUUCUGCGUAUGGAUAUCAAGAACGUGGGCGACUUCUUCCGUCGCAAGGGCGUGGACACGCUGCCGGACCGAGCCAUUUUCAACUUCAUCACCGUGCCUGAAGGGCCGGUAGAGGAGCCUGCUAUGGGCGAAGCGAUUGCGAAGCUCUACGAGACGCGGCAGUCUGCCACCAACGACGAGGAGGCUGCUGCUGAAGAGGUCGACACAGAGGUCUUCCGAAAUCAAUACAUCCCGCAGACGCUGGAGCAGGUCUAUGACAUUGAGAAGGAUGUCAAGAGACUUGGUCUGGGAGAGGGCAACGAGUUGGUGUACAGCAAGCUGCUGGCCGACCAGGUUGUCGCUCCCAAGGCAGAAGGAGAAGACAAAAAUGCGGAUGAAGAGGAUGAUUCAGAGGACGAGUCUGGAGAGGGAGCUUCUCUUGGCGACGAUGAUGAUGACGAGUCUGCGGAUGACGAGAGCCGGUUUGAGAAGGGAAGGCCUAGAGGUCGCAAAUUCGAGGACAAGGACGAGAAGAAGCUACAUAAACAGGCUGUCAAGGAAGCGAAGCGCGAGAAACGACAGGAAAAGAUGCCAAAGCAUCUGAAGAAGAAGCUCGUUUCUAGCACGUCAAGAAAAACGAAAAAAUAAAAGGGUAAAAAAAAAAAGGAAAUAAAAGUUAAAAGGUAGAUUUUUGGGAAAAUGAUACACAAAAAGAUAACGUUUGACGACUCUUUUCUUCUGAUUCUUUAUUGUGAUGCUUGUGUUGCUGAUAUAUUGAAUCAGAGUUUGAUGCCAAUCAAUGCUUUUGGAAGAUGACAUAUGCACAGGUGCAUGCACAGGUAGACACACGAGACAUGUUGAAUGAUGAGCACCGAUCGUCGCAAACUGCAGUUCUGGAAUGGCGGUUUAUCACCAUUUGAGUGUGUAACCCCGUUUUCGGGCUCUGAAUUGCGAUCUGAAUAUAUGAGAGCUUUUUAUCUCUCGUAGCUGGAUGAUCAAAGAGAGCGCUGACAACUGUCUCCUGGCUGCCAUCACUUUGUACUGCACAUGAUUGAUAAGUCUAGACGUAUAAAUAGCAUUAUUUAAUCAUAUUGUGGUCUAUAUGCGAGCAAAUCC